CACCUGUGACCCCGAGCCAUGUCCUGCUGCCAGCCCUGCGACCCUUGCUGCCAGCCCUGCGGCCCCUGCCCGCUGGCCAGCAGCUGCACUGAGUGCUGUGUCAGGCAGUGCCAGAGCUCCCACGUUGUCAUUCAGCCGCCUGCUGUACUGGUGACCCUGCCCGGGCCCAUCCUCAGCUCCUCCCCACAGAACACGGCCGUGGGAUCCUCCACCUCUGCUGCUGUUGGCAACAUCCUCAGCUGUGGUGGGGUGCCCAUCAGCUCUGGGGGCUUUGACAUCUCCUGCAUCACCAACUGCUAUGGCAGCAGAUGCUGUCCCCCCUGCUAAAGAUGCUUCCAACAUCCUUGGGCAAGAACCUCCACAGCCUUAGA